AUGCUUGUCCAGCUUGUCCUGGCCCUCCAGGCGUCGUUGGUCGUCGUGGAAGUCCUCCCACUGUCCGGCAAUUCGACGAGUCGCGCUACAACGCUCGUUGCAGGACUACCGGCUGAGCUGCCGCCACAGCCCACCAUUCCACUCUCACGCGGCGUACUCCUCGUCGCAGCCCUCGCACUCGCACUCGCCGCCUUGUUCUCCUCGCCCCACUCGACCAACCUCGGCAUCGCUCUCACAACUCUGUCUGCGCUUGUGAGCCAGUGCAUGACUCGAAGCUGGACCAGACUUGCCGCUAUCGUGCCCGCACUUGCCGUCCCAUCCGCCAAGAACAGCUCGCGACCGCUCUCGACUUUUGCCGCGGUUCCCUCGCCUCUUGCUUUUCCCGCGACAAUGGGAUCGUUCUCUUCCGCAGCUUCGCAGGGCCGCGACGACGGCGCCGAAAUCCUCGAUUCCCCUUCCGAAUGGCGCGCCGCGCUCUCCGCCCUCCCCUCCCUCGCCGACCUUCACGACGUCUUGCCCACGAUCUUCCUCGCACAUGGCUCGCCCAUGCUAAUCCACCCACCUCACCUCGCCAACGCACGAAGCGGACCGCUCCUCUCGAUUCAAGGACCCGAGGGACCGCUCGUGGCGUUCUUGAAGGACUUGGGACCGCUGUUGAUGGAGAAGUACACGCCAAGGGCGAUUGUGGUCCUUUCGGCGCAUUGGGAGACGGAAGGAGGAGGGGUCGUGACGGAUUACGGAGACAAGAACCCGUUGCUCUUCGACUACUACGGCUUUCCGAAGGAACUCUAUGAAGUCACCUUCAAGUCUCGCGGGGACAAAGCGAUCGCCCAGCGUGUCGUGCAAGUCUUGAAAGAAGGCGGUAUCGAGUCUGCGCGGCUGACGAACAAGCUUGAGCCGAGGGGAGAGGAUGGAAGGGGGUUCAUGGGUCCUGGACUCGACCAUGGCGUGUUCGUGCCGUUCAAGCUCAUGUUCAAGGACGAAGCGCCUGUCCCUAUCAUCCAGGUAUCCAUUCCCUCAGACUUGUCUCCUGCAACCCAGCACGCCCUCGGUGCCGCCCUCUCUCCCCUCCGCCGCGAAGGGAUCCUCCUCAUCGCCGGCGGCUUGACCGUUCACACUUUCCGUGACUUUGGGUCUUUCUCCCCCGCGGCUGCGGCGGAGAAGUACAGGGUCUGGGAGAAGGCGAUCGUGGACGCCGUUGCGGUCAAGGAUCCCAAAGCCCGCCACCGCGCCCUCUUCUCCCUCGUCCACCACCCCUCCUUCCGCUCCGCCCACCCACGCGAAGAACACUUCGUCCCGCUCUACGUCGCUCAGGGGGCGGGCGAGACGGGGAAUAUCGAGGGCAGGGAGGGGGCGAGAGUCGUGUGUGGAUUGUGGGGGAGCAAGACAGUUGUAUUUGGGGUGUAG